AUGGCGGCUCCCCGACCGAGAGCCCUCCUGAUCAGCGUGGACAACAGCGACGCCUGUGAAUCGGCCGUGAAGUGGGCCAUGGACAACCUGUACCAGGAGGGGGACGAGGUGCACCUCAUCCACGUCAUCCCUCGCUUGCAGCUGGCGGCCACGUAUGGGGCGCCGCCGGUCGACUUUUUGCCCUACCAGGACCCCACCGCCUACGAGCAGCUCAUCAAGGCCUCCGAGGACUUCAUCGCCAGGCGGGCGCUGACCCACAUCGGCAGCAUCACGCCGCAGCCUGUGGUGCACAUCGUCAAGUACGAGAUCGACACCGACAGCAUCGGCAACGUGAUCUGCAAGAAGGCGGAGGAGCUGGAGGCGGUGGUGACGGUGCUGGCGCGGCACAGCAAGUCGCGCCUUCAAGAGUUCUUCCUCGGCAGUGUGACAAACUAUGCGGUGCACCACUGUAAACGGCCCGUGCUGGUCCACAGCAGCUAG